AUGAAUUGUAGAACAUCGUGUAACAGUUUAAUUUUUGAUCAAUUUCCAAUCGUAAGAUUGGAUAAAAAUUUACGUACUCGUAAAGGUAGUCGGAGAGGAAACGCUGGAAACCGCUUAGAACUUCAAGUAUUAACUCAAAUACACCACGUUCCGUAGCUACUCCAAAUUGGGAGACAUCACUUUUAAAGUUUUGCACAUUUCUGCUUAAAUUAGCUUUCUUAUCGCCAAUUUCAAAAAUGGUUCAGGGAACAUCGCACGACUACUACAGCGGGAAAUUACCCGCAAAUCAAGGUAACAACUUUUUCGAUAAAACGUCGAAAAAGUCAGGUUACGAGGCCAUACAAAAGUAUCAACAAGAUAAAAAGGAGGCGACCGCGAAAAAGGACGCAUGGGGCCCGGUUUUCAAGGAUAAAAAUCAUUUCAGCAGCUUACAUCACUGCUAACAACAAUUAUUUCUUUAUUAUUAUUAUUAUUAACCAUUGUUAACAUUUGUAAUCAUAAUAAAUUAAUAUGUAAUAUA